AUGAACUUCAACAACGGCGCGCUUUCCAGCCGGCUCCGCCGCCGCUUCGCGCUGCCGGACUUUGACGACGCCGAGCUGCUGCAACUGCUGCGCAGUCAGCUCCGCACGCGCCCAAAUUACCAUGUCCGCGACGACAAGUACUUGAGGAUUGCGACGCGGAGGCUGGGCAAGGGGCGCGGCAGCUUAGGCUUUGGGAAUGCGCGCGCGGUGCAGGCCGAUCUCGAGCUGGCAUUCGAGCGCCAGACUGCGCGAGUCGUCGCCGAGCGCAAGGCGGGCGCCAGCCCGGAUAUCUUUGCGCUGGAGAGGGACGACCUGCUCGGCGAGCCGCCGAGGCCGCUCGACGCGGAGACGUGCGCGCCGCUCCGCGCUCUCCGCGAGAUGGAGGGGCUCGGUGCCGUCAAGGCGUCGGUCGACGCGCUCUUGCGCCUCGCCGAGUCGAACGCGGCGCGCGAGGAGCUCGAGCUGCCGACGGCGGAGGUCUCGCUCAACCGCGUCUUCCUCGGCAACCCGGGCACGGGCAAGACGACGGUCGCGCGGCUGUACGGCCAGAUUCUGAGGGAGAUCGGGCUGCUCUCCGUCGGCGACGUCGUCCUCGCCACGCCGUCCGACAUGAUCGGCUCGGCGCUCGGCCAGUCGGAGGAGCGCACGAACGCGCUGCUUGACCAGUCCGCCGGCUGCGUGCUCACCGCGGUGAUCGACACGCUCGUGUCGCGCGUGACUGGCGACGUGGGCGCCGAUCGCUGCGUCCUGCUGCUCGGCUACCGCAAAGAGAUGGAGCGAUUCCUGCGCAAGGGCAACCCCGGCCUCGCGCGCCGCUUCCAGCUGGAGAACGCGUUUGUCUUUGAGGACUACGACGAUCAGGCGCUGCUGCGCAUUUUGAUGCGCAACGUCGCUCGCCGCGGCAAGGAGGUCGCCUUCGACACGGCCAAGCAGGUCGUCCGCCGCGACCUCGCAAAGGCUCGGAUGCGGCCCAAUUUUGGCAACGCGGGGGCGGUCGACAAUUGCGUCUCUUCAGCGGUCGUGCGUGCCGAGGCGCGCCUCGAGGCGCUCCCGGCCGACGAGCGCGCGACGCAGGGCGAGCUGCUGCUCGCGGACUUCCUCGUCGAGAAGCCGCACGUGCGAGACCCGUCUCUCGUCUUUGAGGGCCUCAUCGGCUGCGAGGCCAUCCGCACGCGGCUGGCCGAGUACCAGGCCGUCUGCGCGGCGGCGAAGAGGGCGGGGCGAGACCCUAUCGACGACCUCGCGCUCGUGUUCUGCUUCCAGGGCUCGCCCGGCACCGGCAAGACCACGGUGGCGCGCCGCAUGGGCAUGCUCUUCGAGGCGCUCGGCGUGCUCCCUUCGGCCGAGGUGGUGCAGGUCUCUGCGAGCGACUUCUCCACAGGCUUCGUCGGCCAGACCGCCGCGCGGACGCGCGACAUCUUCGACUCCGCGCGCGGCGCCGUCUUAUUCAUCGAUGAGGCGUACCGGCUCUACGAUCCUCUCGGUCGGUCGUACAUGCAGGAGGCGGUGGACGAGAUCGUCAACCUGCUGACCGAGGAGCAGUACCGCGGCAAGCUGGUCGUCAUCUUCGCGGGCUACGCCGGCCAGAUGUCGCGCCUGCUCGACGAGGUGAACCCGGGCCUCAAGUCGCGCGUGUCGGACGUCAUCGACUUUCCGGACUUCGCGCCUGCCGCGGCGGCAACGAUGGCGGCGCAGCAGCUCGGUGAGAAGCGGCUCCAGCUGCCGGCCGGUGCCGAGAGCCUCGAGCCGUGGAUGCGGCGGCUCGUCGCGGCGCCGCGCUGGGCGAACGGCCGCGACGUCGAGACGUACGUGCGGCGCGUCGCCGUCGAGUGCGCCACGCGCGAGACGGCGGUCGUGCCCGACGCGGCGCUCGACGCCGCGCUGGCGACGGUGCUGCAGAUGAAGGGCCAGCCGGCGGAGGCGGAGGAGGCUGUCGCCUCGCCAGCCUCGCCGUUCAUGACGGCCGGCCCCGCCGUGCAGCGGGAGCCGCGCUUCGACAUCGACAUCGCGAAGGCGCUGCUGGAGGCGAAGAUGGACAGCGGCGACGAGGACGACCCGGCGGCGGGCGCCGACGACGACCUCGCCGAGGCGCUGCAAGAGGCGAUCGUCGGCCUCGGGUACGACGAGGACGACGCGGCGCGCGACAAGCUCGAGAGGCUGCUCGCCGGCUUCGCCGACGGGAGCGCGCCCUUCCCGGACGACCUGCGCUCUCGCGUGCUCCGCCGGACCGGCGCGUCGGCAGGCGCGGUCGACGAGGCGCUCCGGCGGCAGGCCGGGCCGGUGCUGACGGCGGUCCGGUCGGCGAUCGCCUACCGCAAGAAGAGAGCGGCGCAGCUCGACGAGCUCGAGGAGGGCGACAAGGAGGAGGCGAUCGACGAGGAGGAGCGCAUCAUGGAGCGCUUGCGGCAGCGAGGGCCGUGCCCCGAGGGCUUCUCGUGGUUCCGGCAGGGGAACGGCUGGCGCUGCGGUGGGGGGAGGCACUUCGUGUACGAUGACGACCCGAUCCUUCGAGAGGACUAG